AUGGCGGCUCCUCUUGCAAUAACCCCCUCGGUACCUACCUGGCACACAAAGAUCUUGAAGCGCCUUGCGGACCGUGACCGUCGAGAGAGGGAAGCUUUUGCGGACUUGUUCACGGCUCAUAAUGCCUUUCGUGAUACCCUGUCAAACCUUGAGUCGAAGCUCAGUUCACUUCGUAUCGAGCAUGCGCAAGCAGUCAAAACAGUUGCCGCGGUCAAAGACUUUGGAUCUGCGGACUCAGCUCAACGGUUCGCAGAGCUGGAACAGCAGGUGACUUCUCUCAAGGAAGAACGCACCGAGUUGUACAAAACACAGGGGCAAAAUGCGCAAAAGCUGUUAGAGCUUAUGGAGGCUUUGCAGAAAGGGGAUGGGAAAAUUGCUAGCUUGGAGGAGGAAAACCAGACGCUCACAACCAGUCUCGCAAGUGUUAAUACCCGUUUACGGGACUUGCAAGAACUCAUCCGGGAGAAGGAUCACGUCAUACAGAUACUGCGUGAUGAGCUUGCAACACACCAAUUGGAGCUAGUACAGAGGGAGGAGCAGUUGAAGGAGAAAGAGGAGAAGCUGAAUAAGCUUGAAUCGGAGAACAAACAAUUGAUCGAGAGAUGGAUCCUCUUGAAGCAGGAGCAGGCUGCAAGAAUGAAUGAAGCGAACGAGUUUGUGGCAAACGCUCUCAAGUCUAAAGCGACAUCACCUCCAGUAUCGCGUCAGACAUCAGCGGCAAAUGUCUAUGACGAUCAAAGUCCACAGCCAGUUGUUCGCACAUCACUGCCUCAGGCGGCGGUUAAGAAGAUUCAUUCGCACGACUCUGAGAUAAAUUGUAUUCAGAUUAGUCCUGACGGCUCCUUACUAGCUACCGGAAGCAACGACAAAAAGGUCAUACUUUACGAUGCUAAAGCAGGUGUGGUCAAGGCUACUCUAUCAGGAUCACUACAGGGUAUAAUGUCCUUGGCCUUCAACAAUGGAAGUGAGCUGGUAAUGGGCACCUCCAACGACAAUUCUGUUAAGAUUUGGAACGUGGGAACGGGCAGGCUGAAGCAUACAUUGACUGGUCACAUCGGGAAAGUCUACGCAGCCAAAUUCACAGACUCAAAUUGCGUGAUCUCAGGCUCUCACGAUCGCACGAUAAAGAUAUGGGAUUUGGCAAAGGGCUUUUGCACCAGCACAAUUUUCACAUUGUCCAGCUGCAAUGAUCUGACGUUGCUGAAUGGCGACGGCACUGUAAUCGCCAGCGGUCAUCUGGACAACAACAUUCGAAUAUGGGAUACGCGAUCUGGAAGUUUGGUUCGAGAACUUACUGGUAUCCAUCAUGGGCAGAUCACUAGUGUUACCAUGUCACCAACCCAAAACAUCCUGAUGACAACUUCACGAGACAACACGUUAAAGUUGAUCGAUUUGUCCACUUACCAAACGGUUGGGGUUCUAUCCCACGAUCAAUUCCGACCUGGAAUGAACUGGCUCAAGUCCUCGUAUAGCCCAGACGGAAAACAUAUAGUAUCGGGGUCCGCAGACGGUUCUGUUUUUAUUUGGAACGUCAUGACGGGCCGAGUAGAUAAAAUUUUGAAAGAACACAAGUCUGCGGUAUGUGGAGUGGUCUGGAGCCCCCAAGGAGGCAGCACUGUGUAUUCUGCAGAAAAGGACAAGACCGUAGUCUUCUGGGGUGCAUCAGCCUAGUAAAAAAGAACAUUGCUGCGUAUAGUUAUUAGAUUUACUUUCAUAUUUCUUGAAAUGCGCGGCUGAGGAAAAGUUCCUUCCAAGGGAGAUUCAGCCUCUUACAACUAGGCUAAGCCCAUUAUUAAAGUUUUCGCGCUUCUUUGGGGAGGGAACGGCUUGGUAAGGACACAGCCGCCUUCUACUCUCCACGACCUCCUCCGCAGUAGCAUGAGUUUAAGACUAUAACAAAUAGAUUGGCCCCUCGAGUCUGUCAUUAGCCUUCAGUGUCAUGCAGCUUUUGUCGACACAGCAACCACCUGCAAUGCCCGACUUCUCAAGGGUCAGUGUAAAACAAUGCGUUCCAGACGACUUGUGGCUCGUCAUUUUCAGCCUGGUUGCCCACGACUACAAAGACUUGGUAGCGGUCUCGCAAGUAUGCCGACGUUUUGCGAGACUAGCUGCCGUCAACCGUUGCUGGUUCGAGGCGUACAGGAAUGUUUAUCCUGCACUCCGCUCCACUUAUUGUGGCAAUGACUCUGACUGGAAAAGAAAACUAUCUGCAUCGAGAACCUGCAUAAAGAACUGGGAGCAAAUGGGACGACGUCGUACCGGACCUUUGAUUACAGAGGUCAUUCCUCGACACGAAAUUGCGUCCCGAGUGUGCUCUUCGCACUUUGAGUAUGCCAGCGUCAUUGGAGAUCACCUCUUAGAAUUUCCAACAGCAGGGAAAUGCGCUAGUGGAGUCGUUGGUUUAUCUGUCAUACAUCCUGUUUCUUCAAGGACGCCUGAUCAGACAAUGGGCUCCAGUGUACUCUUUGCGGAACUCUCAGGCUCAGUGAUCGGUCAUGUAACGUUUUCUUCAAAAUUGGUGCUAAAGCUCUUGGAUUCAAAGCAAGACUUCUUUGUGUUGGCCGACGAAGAUGAAACUCGGUGGACUCGGCUUGAAUUUCGACGUUUAUCGGCUUGUUGUGUAGAUGGGUCGACAGAGUCAUCGAGUUUCCUUUCUGAAUUCGUCAUGCCGGGGGACGUGGAAGUUUUUGCUUCUUAUUCCUGGGUUUCUCACACGAUCAUUGUCCUGGGCAUUUCCGACAAUGAUGAAGGUGUAUGUCUUUUAAUUGAUGCUAAAGGCAACCUGGUGUCAUCUCGGAAUUAUGGAAGAAAUGUUAGUGCUAUCGAUUUCGGUGAUCCGUAUGACUCGGUGGUACUUACCGGUCAUGAGCACGGCGGCAUGCGAAUUUGGGAUUUUGAGACCGGAGCACCGCUCUUGUCUUUGGAAGGCUCCUCACCGGAACCUAUCUUGGGAUUCACGUGGCGGGAAGAACCGGAAAGUUGGCUUGGUGAAUGGCGACGGCCGAAAAACUUGAGUCUAGUCACGUUUACCGAUUGGUCGAACGGGUCGUGCAUAUGUGGAGGAGAGUUUGUCCUGUGGGAUGUCGGAGAUCUCUUGGCUCAGGCACGCGCACGUCUCGGUCGACGGACAGUCUCCUUGCCCCCCAUCACGUCUGAAAAAAUGUCCUUCCGACAUCGGAUAGAAUUACAUCCAGGCGAUGAUGUUGCUAGUUAUUGUGUCUUGCACCCGCUGAUCCUUGUUAUUACGUGCCAAGGGUUUUUCGAGGCUUUGGAAAUCGACACCGGUCGAAGUCUCUGUAGGGUCAAACUGGAGGUUGACGUACAUAAUCCUUGUCUAAGUAGCGUCAUAAGAGGCCCACGCGGUGAAAUUUUGGUUGCGACUAGUAAUGGAUUGUUUCGACUCAAUGUUUAACGGCCACGGCCAGAUAUGUAAUUCUGUACCAUAGUAUUCUUGCUCCUUGUACAAAUGCAAUAUAAUACAAAUACCUACGCACUUGCCAGA